AUGGCUUCUGUCUCUCUUGGUGUUGAUCAAGAAAUUAUCUCAACCCUCCCUAAGGACACAGGCUGGGCAGCUGAGCAUUACUACCAGUACCAGAACUUCUGGUACCCCCAGGUUUUUCUUGAAGGUGUGAUUUGGGCACAACAGGAUUUUAGGGCUAGGGACUCUGACAUUUUCCUGGCCACCUUUCCCAAGUGUGGUACAACAUGGGUGAAGGCUCUCAUGAUUGCCAUAAAAAACCGGAAAGACUGCGAUUAUUCGUCACAUCCAUUGCUCACAAAGAACCCUCAUGAUAUUGUGCCCUACAUAGAGUUGCUUGUUCACCAAGACAAUCCAGUUGAGUAUCUCGACUCUAUGGCCUCACCAAGAUUGCUUGCAUCCCAUAUCCCUCACUCAUCGUUGCCGAACUCCCUUUUGGAUUCAGAUACACGGGUUGUGUACAUUGCAAGGAACCCGAAAGAUGUUCUCGUUUCCUUUUGGGCAUUUUCGGAAAAACUAAGGUCGAAGGGGUACUGGGAAGCAAGCUUGAAAAACCCUAAUAAGGUGCUAUUUUUUAAGUUUGAGGAUUUGAAAGCUGAUACAGAAGGAUGCGUAAAGAGGUUGGCAGAGUUCAUAGGAUAUCCAUUUUCUUCAGAAGAAGAGAAAGAAGGGGCUGUGCAAGAAAUAAUAAAGUUUUGCAGUUUUGAGAACUUGAGUAGUUUGGAGGUGAACAAAAGUGGGACGUAUCAUGUGGGGCCGAAAACCGAUGAAAAAUUCAGCAACGAUGUCUUCUUCAGACGAGGGGAGACCGGAGAUUCACAGAAGCAUCUAACGCCUGAGAUGCUCGAGCGUCUUGACAAAAUCACAGAGCAAAAGUUUGGGGCAUCUGGUUUGAAGUUUUAG